AUGGAUAUUAAAGCCACAGCUGUUACACCACCCAUGCCAGCAGCUGUGGAUGCUGUUGCGCCCGCGUCGGCAACGUGCAACGUUAAUCUGGAGCAAUUGCAGCAUAAGCAGCAGGCAUUCCAACACAUCUUUGAGCAGCUGGUGCAACAAAGCGGCGGCAAUCACAAGCUGCCGCCCAAGCAGCUGGAGCAUUUGCGUCACUUGCUCAGCAAUGUGCGUGAUGGCAAGAAUUUGCAAUUGGUGCUUGAGAAGUUUAAGAAUCUGGAGCAAUUGCAGGAGCACUAUGUGCAGCUGGGCUGCAGCAAUAACAAUACUGUGAUUACAGAGGACAGCGACACAGCGCUCAAGGACAAUGCACGCAAAUUUGGCGCUGGCGGCCAAACGCUCACGCCACGUCACACCAUCGACGCUAUACUGGGACUCAAGAAUCGCAAUGGCCAGCCGCAAUCACAGCAGCAGCAGCAACUGCAAGCGGAUAACAGCGAUGGCGAUGGCGACGCUUGCCUGGCGGAUGAGGAUGCCACCGAUUUGCGCUGCAGCAUGUCGCUGACGCAGCUGCGCAGCAUGGAUAAUCACAUGGCCAGCAUGUUGCAGCAGCAUGCCAAGAAUGGCUUGCACUAUGGCCCACCCACGCCACCUGCUGCUGCCGCAGCGCCAGCGCAGUCGGCGCCACAGUCGCUGCAGCAACAUGCGGGCAGCUUUGGCUAUCACAAUGCCUUUGGCUUUGUUCAGAGUCAUGGACAGCAUGGACAUCAUGGACAUGGCUAUGCGCAGCAGGAGGACGUGGCAAGCAAUUACCUCAAUUCAAUGCAUCAAAUGGUUGAGGCCAAUCAAUUGCAACCGGUGGUGGCGCCACCGCCGCCGCCACCGCCUGGCGCCUAUGGCACGCAUCAGCAGCACUUGGCGGCGCUGGCUGCGCAUGCGCAGGAGCAGCAGCAGCACCACAAAUAUGUCAAGUCAUCACCGCCAACAGCAACAACUGCGAGCAGCUACUUUGUGCCGGAUGCAGCAGCAGCAACCACACAGCUGGGCGUGGCAGCGCCUUCAACAGCAGCAGCAGCAGCAGCACGUGACUUUGAUGAGCGCUCCUUGUCGUCCGGCAGCGAGCUGGAAGACGAUGAAGAUGAUGCCACAAAGCAGCAACAGCAGCAGCAGCACGACAACAACAUUGAUGUUACUACGCCGCCCACGCCGCGGCCGCUGAGCAAUGCCAGCAGCAUUGGCUGCAAGCGCAAAUCCUCAAGCGUCUACUGUGAUGAUAAUGAGCCCAAAUUAGCCAAUGGUCAGCAGCUUGGCAAUUACAGCAUAAGAGCGCGCAGUCUCGAUGAAGUGCAGCAGCAACAACAGCAGCAGCAGCAACAACAACAGCAGCAGCAGCAACACUUUCAGCACGACUAUCGCAACAGCAACAACAACAAUGCAAAUCCGAACAACAAUGCCACAGAACAUGUGGACAAUGAUAGUCUAGUCAAUGGCAGCUGCGCCUCCAGCGAGGAUCUCAAUCAAACCAACAACAGCGAGCAGGGCGAAAAAAUCACAUCCGGCAGCGAUGAUGAAGGCCAGGACGACAACUGUGCCAAGAAGAAGCAUCGCCGCAAUCGCACCACCUUUACCACCUAUCAGCUGCACGAGCUGGAGCGCGCAUUCGAAAAAUCGCAUUAUCCUGAUGUUUACUCACGUGAGGAGCUGGCCAUGAAGGUGAACCUGCCCGAAGUGCGUGUGCAGGUCUGGUUCCAGAAUCGUCGCGCCAAGUGGCGGCGCCAGGAGAAGUCCGAGAGCCUGCGCCUGGGCCUGACACACUUUACGCACCUGCCACAUCGACUUGGCUGCGGCGCUUCCGGUCUGCCCGUCGACCCUUGGCUAUCACCACCGCUGCUGAGUGCGUUGCCAGGUUUUCUGUCGCAUCCGCAGACCGUUUAUCCCAGCUAUCUGACGCCGCCGCUGAGCCUGGCCCCAGGCAAUCUGACUAUGAGCAGUCUGGCGGCCAUGGGACAUCAUCAUGGGCCACCGCAUAGCGGUCCGCUGCAGCCACCACCAACUGGACCACCGCCGCCGCCGCCGCCUCCACCGCCGCAUCCGCAUCAUCAUGCUGUGCCGCUGUCUCAUUUGUCGCCGCAUCUGUCACGCAUGUCGCCACAUGCAGCGUCGCCGCAUCAUCCCAAUGUGGCCAGUCUGCCGCCACUGCCACCCAAUAACAACAACAACAACAGCGGCAGCGCCAACGCCUGCUCCAACAACUCCUCCUCCGCCUCAUCACUGGAGUGCAGCGGUCCGGACGUCUGCAUGUCACCGCAAAACCUCAGCAUCUGCAAUGCCGACUCCAAUGGCGAUGCACGCGACUGCAGCGACGACGCCGAGGGCAACAGCAGCAACGGCGCUGGCGGCCUGGAGAAGUGCGCCAACGAGCUGCUCGACGUCGGCAGAGAGAGUCCGCCGCCACCCUGCACGCUGUCCAUAAAGCGCACGCCCGCCAAUACGCCACCGCAAGUUGGGAACGUGGACAUGCGCAGCAAUUCGAUCGCCACGCUGCGCAUCAAGGCCAAGGAGCAUCUGGAUAAUCUCAACAAGGGUCUCGUCUCCAUGGUCUAGACACUACGCACACACACACACACACACGCAAUCGCAUAACUGUUUAGUUUCUAACAAAAUAUAUUUAUGUGUGUAAUU